UUUACACAGAACGGUGCCAGUGUAAAGGUCUUCGACGAAAUUUACCGACGUGUGAUGUGGCACUAGUGCUAUGGAAUCAUUUUGGAAAUAGACUGACGAUUCCUGUUCUCUUUUUCAUGCUGAUCGGGCAAAAACAACGAUUGAGAUAACAAAAAGUGAAAUUUUGUGGAUUUCUCUCAGAGUUUGACAGUUCAUCACCCAAAGAAAAUAACUCUGUGAAUUAAAAUUCCAUGACCCACCCAUGCCAGGUUUGGUUUGAGAUAUAAGAAAUAAGCAAAAAGGUUCAGUCUUUAGCUUCAAAAUGACUCCAUAUUCAGCAUUUGUGGGCUUGUUCCUUUUGAUGGUGAAGCUUGUAGAAUCAACACAAAAUUAUGAUUUGUUAGCAGUAACUGUAGCUACAGAAGAAACAGAUGGAUUUAAAAGAUUUAUGAGAUCUGCUAAAAAAUAUGAUAUCAACGUUAAAGUGUUAGGUCUAGGUGAAGAAUGGAAAGGUGGAGAUGUUGCGAAUUCAGCAGGCGGAGGUCAAAAGGUCAAUAUUUUACGGCAGGGAUUAAAGGAAUUUAAAGAUAAAGAUGAUCUUGUUAUCAUGUUUGUAGAUAGCUAUGAUCUAGUGUUUUCUGAUGAUAAACAAUCCAUAUUAGAGAAAUUUAAGAAAUUUGAUGCUAAUGUGAUAUUUUCUGCUGAAGGUUAUUGUUGGCCAGACUCUUCCUUGAGGUCUCAAUAUCCAGAAGUUAAACAAACAGAAAAAAGAUAUUUAAAUUCUGGAGGAUUUAUUGGGCUAGCUAAAAAUUUAUAUGAUGUUGUUAGUUAUAAAACUAUCAAAGAUAGUGAUGAUGAUCAACUAUAUUAUACCAAGAUAUUCCUUGAUAAAUCACUCAGGUCUAAGCAUAAUAUCAAACUUGACACAAAGUCUGAAAUAUUCCAAAAUUUAAACGGAGCUCUUGGUGAUACCACAUUGAAAUUUAAGGGCAGUAAAAGUUAUAUGUAUAAUGUUAAAACAGGAACUCACCCCUCUAUUAUACAUGGUAAUGGACCCAUUAAGAAUGAGUUUAACAGAUUAUCAAACUAUCUGGUAGACAGUUGGACUGUUAGUAGUGGAUGUCAAGCUUGUGAUGAAGAUACUAUCAGUUUAGAAGGAGUCAAGGAGAGUGAUUAUCCAACAGUGCUCAUUGGUAUUUUUAUUGAACAUCCAACGGCAUUUUUACGUGAAUUCUUUGAAGACAUUUUAAAUCUAGCUUAUCCUAAAUCCAAAAUAGAUCUCUACAUUCACAACUGGGAAUCUCAUCAUAGAAAAUUGGUAGAGAAAUUUAUUAACGAACAUAAAUUAGACUAUAAUUCAUUAACCUCUAUUUCACCAUUUGAUGAUGUUGAUGAAAUUAAAGGUCGUGAUAGAGCUAUUGAUGAAUGUAUUAAGAAGAAUUGUCAGUAUUAUUUAGCUGUUGAUUCUGAUGCUCAUUUAUCUAAUGCCUAUACAUUACAAUCUUUAAUAGAACAGAAUAGAUCCAUCAUAGCCCCUAUGUUAAGUCGAGAUGGCAGACUGUGGUCUAAUUUCUGGGGAGCUCUAAAUAAAGAUGGUUUCUAUGCCAGAGCAGAAGAUUAUGUAGACAUUGUGGAGAGAAGAAAAAUUGGUGUAUGGAAUUCCCCAUUCAUUAGUUCAGUGUUUUUAAUACAUGGCUUCAGACUUCCAGCUUUACGUAAUUCUCACGGUAAACCUAAUAUAGAUCCUGAUAUGGCUUUCUCUCAGGCAGCCAGAGAUAAGGGUAUAUUUAUGUAUGUAAGCAAUCGUCAAGUAUUUGGUCAUCUUAUUAACAGUGAUAACUAUGAUACAGACCAUAAUACAGAUGAAUUAUUUCAAAUAUUUGAUAACCCAAGUGAUUGGGAAAGAAGAUAUAUUCAUGAAGAUUAUUAUAAGAAUUUUGACGCAGGAGUGGUGGCUGAACAGCCAUGUCCAGACGUCUAUUGGUUCCCCAUAGUAUCACCUGAAUUCUGUCAAACAUUUAUAGAUGAAAUGGAGAGUUAUGGACAAUGGUCUGGUGGUAAAAAUAGCGAUCCCCGUUUAGCAGGCGGGUAUGAGAAUGUACCAACAGUAGAUAUACAUAUGAAUCAAGUGGGACUGGAACGACAAUGGUUACAUUUCUUACAGAAAUACGUUUCCCCAUUACAACUGAGUGUUUUUACAGGCUACGUGCAUGAUCCACCAACAGCCAUCAUGAAUUUUAUAGUACGAUACAAACCAGAUGAACAACCAUUAUUACGACCUCAUCACGAUUCUUCCACAUUCACCAUUAAUAUAGCUUUGAACACACCAGGUGUUGAUUUUGAGGGUGGUGGUUGCCGAUUUAUCCGAUACAACUGCAGUGUCACGGCAACCAGGAAGGGAUGGUUACUGAUGCAUCCUGGGAGAUUGACUCAUUAUCAUGAGGGACUACGCGUUACCAAGGGAACCAGAUAUAUCAUGAUAUCUUUUGUUGACCCAUAAACACUUGAAAGCAAAUGAGAUUUUUUGCACUUUUUUGUAAAUAGACAUAAAGAAAAUCAUAUCUGUUCGCUUGAUUGAAACAGAAAACUGCCAAAACGUGCCUUGAAUUGCCAAAAUUUUGUGGGCGAUAUUUUGUGAUAAUAAUAUUUGUAUGGUUGUCAAAUCGUCUUAUGUUUGUUCUGUCUUUAGCUUGUAUUUAACUAUCUUCAGUCUCAAAGGGUAGUGAGUAGUUUUUCAAGAUCAAGCCUUUGAUUUUAAUAGCACCCAUAGGUGUUGAAGAUGGGAACAAAAAACAUUUUUUAGGUUAUUUACUCAUUUGUGACAAUUGCAUUUUCAUACUGGGACAAUUUCAAUUAUUUUAGUUCAACUGGUUUGGGCCUAUCUGUGUGAAUUUUCAUAAGAGGUUAUGUUAAUUUAUGUUUUAGAAUAUUUCUGUCAAUUUACGUACCGUAUUCAUUUUAAUUGAAGCCCUGGCGCGUUGCAUUUUUUCAGAAGGGGAAGCGUUAAUUUUCUUCCAAAAUCCUAUCAAUAAAAACAAUGUAAUGUUCAAGAUCUGCUUCUUUGAUUAAUUUUAUGGAGACAUGGAUUACUAUAAAAAAAAAAGGAAAGGGGGGCGUUGAUUAUGGUAGAAUUAUUAGAAUGAAUAUGGUUCGUCUUGUUAUUCAAAUCCUUUGACAGGAUGCACUGUUACAUUACUUUUUCAAUUUCACAGUAAAAUCAAGUUGAUAUAAAUUUUUUUCUGGUAUUUAUAUGGACUCGAUAUGAAUCAAAAAUAUUAUGAAUCUCUAUAUAUUAUUGUAUAUUUUUAUUGAACAACAAUAUUUUUUUUUAUUAAAUUUUAAACCCUUUGCUUAAAGGACAUGAGUGUCUAGUAAAUAUUUUGAUGACUUAGUUCUUUAAACAAUUUCAAAUCAAUCAAAACAGAAUGAUUUCUAGUUAUCAGCCAGUCUUGUAUUGUUGUGAGAACCACUGGUUUCUGCUGUUGAAAAUUAUUGUAGACACCCAUAUUUUCGAUGAUCUGUUCUUGAAAUUUGAACAAAUUAAAUUACAUCAGACUGAUCAAAUUACAUCAGACUGAUCAAAUUACAUCAGACUGAUCAAAUUAAAUUACACCAGACUGAUCAAAUUAUACCAGACUGAUCAAAUUAAAUUACACCAGACUGAUCAAAAAUUACAUCAGACUGAUCAAAUUAUACCAGACUGAUCAAAUUAUACCAGACUGAUCAAAUUAAAUCAAGACUAAUCAAAUUAAAUCAGACUGAUCAAAUUACAUCAGACAGAUCAAAUUAUUCCAGACUGAUCAAAUUAUACCAGACUGAUCAAAUUAAAUCAAGACUGAUCAAAUCAAAUUAAAUCAGUCUGAUCAAAUCAAAUUAAAUCAGAGUGAUCUAAUCAAAUUAAAUCAGGCUGAUCCAAUCAAAUCAGACUGAUCUAAUCAAAUUAAAUCAGACUGAUCAAAUCAAAUCAGACUGAUCUAAUCAAAUCAAACUGAUCUAAUCAAAUUAAAUCAAGACUGAUCAAAUUAGAUUACACCAGACUGAUCAAAUUAUACCAGACUGAUCUAAUCAAAUUAAAUCAGACUGAUCAAAUUAAAUUAAAUCAGGCUGAUCCUAUCAAAUCAGACUAAUGUCUGCUAUGAUUUUAUAGCAAUUUGAUCAAAUUAAAUCCAUUAAAAUGAAAACCGUCCAUAUUUUUCUGUGUUUUGUUUGAACUGAUAGAUUUAUUGUGCUAUUUCAAGAAAACUGAACUCAUUUGAUUGGCCAAUGACUAAAAUCGAUUUUAAAUCUUACACAUCAGAUUACAGUAUUUCUGAAAUUAUUGGUUAGAAUUUUGUGCAAUAGGCCACUGGUUAACAAUAUGGGGCACUAAUAGCUUCCGUGGGGCAUGGCAUACAUUUAAGGGCAUACAUAGAAGUUUUUGGAAGAUUUUGGACUUUUACAUAUGCUAAUAAUUUGUGGAGGGAAGUGGUGCUUAAUUGGUAUGGAUAAGGGUAUGGAAAAACCAUACAGUGCUAGAUCAUUUAAGAUAUUAUUUUCAAGUCUUCCUCAUUUGAUAUAUUUUUUGACUGUAAUUUAGAUACAGAAUAAAUCUUGUCUAAA